GUCUGUUCCCCGGCGGGCUACAAGAAGGCGGAUGAUGAGAUGUCUGGAGCCACGUCCUCGGCGGAUCUGGACGAGGCACCAGCCCGCACCAUUUACUUGAACCAGCCCCAGCAGAGCAAGUUCCGCGACAACUGGGUCAGCACAGCCAAGUACAGCGUGGUGACAUUUCUACCUCGAUUCCUGUAUGAGCAGAUCAGAAAAGCUGCAAAUGCAUUCUUCCUCUUCAUUGCCUUACUGCAGCAAAUUCCAGAUGUCUCUCCAACAGGAAGAUAUACCACCUUGGUGCCAUUGAUAUUUAUUUUAACAGUUGCUGGCAUCAAAGAAAUCAUAGAAGACUAUAAAAGGCAUAAAGCAGACAGUGCAGUGAAUAAAAAGAAAACUGUAGUUCUAAGAAAUGGGAUGUGGCAGAACAUUAUGUGGAAAGAGGUAGCAGUAGGCGAUAUUGUGAAGGUCACCAAUGGGCAACAUCUUCCAGCAGACAUGAUCAUUAUAUCUUCCAGUGAACCACAAGCCAUGUGCUAUAUUGAAACAGCGAAUCUCGAUGGGGAGACGAAUCUUAAAAUACGACAGGGAUUGUCUCAAACCGCUAGUCUUCAGUCAAGAGAAGAGUUGAUGAAAGUAACUGGAAGGAUAGAAUGUGAAGGACCCAACCGCCAUCUUUAUGACUUCACUGGAAACUUACGCUUAGAUGGUCAAAGCCCAGUUCCUGUUGGUCCAGACCAGAUCUUGCUAAGAGGUGCACAACUGAGAAACACUCAGUGGGUCCUGGGUAUUGUUGUGUAUACAGGACAUGAUACAAAACUCAUGCAGAAUUCAACCAAAGCACCUCUGAAGAGAUCAAAUGUGGAGAAAGUGACCAACAUGCAGAUCCUGGUUUUGUUCUGUAUACUCCUCGUGAUGGCCCUUGUGAGUUCUGUGGGUGCCUUAUUAUGGAACAGAACACAUGGAGAAGUUGUCUGGUACCUUGGCUCCAACAGUGAGUAUGGAGGCAAAAUGCUGUCUGUCAACUUUGGAUACAAUCUGCUGACAUUUAUAAUCUUGUACAACAACCUUAUUCCAAUCAGUCUUCUGGUGACAUUGGAAGUUGUCAAGUUUACUCAGGCUCUUUUUAUAAAUUGGGACAUAGAUAUGUAUUAUCCUGAAACAGAUACACCUGCAAUGGCCAGAACCUCAAACCUUAAUGAGGAGCUUGGGCAGGUGAAAUACCUGUUUUCUGAUAAAACAGGUACUUUGACAUGCAAUAUCAUGAACUUUAAGAAGUGUAGUAUUGCUGGAGUGACGUACGGUGAAUCAUGUGAGUUUGAUGACCCAAGACUGCUGCAAAACAUUGAAAAUAAACAUCCUACAGCUGUACACAUACAGGAGUUCCUCACUCUGUUGGCUGUGUGUCAUACUGUUGUUCCUGAGAGACGAGGAAAUACAAUAAUCUACCAGGCUUCCUCCCCAGAUGAAGGAGCAUUAGUGAAAGGAGCAAAGAAACUUGGUUAUGUCUUCACAGCACGGACUCCACACUCAGUUAUCAUUGAUGCUCUGGGAAAAGAAAAAACCUUUGAAAUUCUUAAUGUGCUGGAGUUUUCCAGCAACAGGAAGAGGAUGUCAGUGAUUGUCCGAACUCCAGCAGGACAGCUGCGGCUCUACUGCAAAGGGGCUGAUAACGUAAUUUUUGAGAGGCUUUCAAAAGAUUCCCAAUACAUGGAGCAAACACUGUGCCAUCUUGAAUACUUUGCCACAGAAGGUCUGAGGACUUUGUGCAUUGCUUAUGCAGAUCUGUCAGAAAACUCUUACAGGGAGUGGUUGAAUGUCUACAAUGAAAGCAGUACAGUUCUGAAAGACAGAACUCAGAAGCUGGAGGAAUGCUAUGAGAUUAUUGAAAAGGAUUUACUACUUCUUGGAGCUACAGCCAUUGAAGACCGACUGCAAGCAGGUGUUCCAGAAACAAUAGCCACACUAAUGAAGGCAGAAAUUAAGAUAUGGAUUCUGACAGGGGACAAACAGGAAACGGCUCUCAAUAUAGGGUACUCUUGCAGACUUAUUUCCCAGACUAUGUCUCUCAUCCUGGUCAAUGAGGAUUCACUUGAUGUAAGUAAACAAAUUUUGGUGUGA